UGGAAGGAGCUAAAAAAUCCCCCAAAGGAAAGGAGGUGGUGACCCAGAGCCCUGACAGAAGAGGACAAAGACGAAGACCAGGGCCCCCAAAGGAGACACGACGCCAGCCCCUGAAGAAAAGAAGACGGCUCCAGCCUCGGAGGAAAGAGGAGAAGCAGCAUCCAGCAGCUCCCUCGAGGCGGGAAGAGAAGCCGAAGGACUGUCACAGGCUGGGCCUCGGUCCUGCCCCCGAAGUUGCCUGAGAGGAGCCCCGAACACCCUGGGCCUGGUGCCUCAAAGAGCUGUUCGUUGCUGGUGUAGCCCAACCACUCACAAAGAGCUGUUAACACUGGGGGGGUCUCUGACGCCGCCUCUGCGCGACCCGGAGUGGUCAUCAAUACUGACCGACAUGGACGCAGAGAGAGAAGCCCUGCAGAGUGCCGCCUACCCCGAAGUGCAAACCUUCUGCCAGAAGCAUGGCUUGAUGUUUGAGGUUGUGGAUCUGAGGUGGGGUAUUCGGAACACUGAAGCCACUAACCACAUGACCCCAGAACUCUGCUUGGAAGAGCUGGACCGGUGUCAGAAAACAUCACUAGGGCCAACUUUCGUUGCACUUCUAGGUGACCAGUAUGGCCCCUGUCCAGUCCCCACACUGAUCGAGGAGAAGGAGUGGGAGGCACUGAGGGCUCAGUUGACCACCAGGCCAGGAGACCUGGAGCUAGUGGCUCGACGCUUCCGGAGGGACGAGAAUUCUGUGCCCCCCACCUACCUGCUGCAGACAUCAGGAUCAGGGGAGGCUCGAGGACCUGAGGAAGCCACCCUGACAUCCGUGCUACGCUCAGGAGCCCAGGAGGCCCGGAGGCUGGGCCUUAUCACUCAGGAGCAAUGGUACCGCUACCACCGGUCAGUCAUUGAGUGGGAAAUAGAGCAGGGCCUGCUGAAUUCAGUGGACGGGGACCAGGGAGUCACUGUCUUCCUGAGAGAGAUUCAAGAUCUCAACAAACACAUUCUGGAUGACUGUGCCCUCAAGAUGGUGGACCGGCUGGCAGAUGGUUGCCUGGACACGGAUGCCCAGAACCUUCUCAGUGGCCUCAAGGGGCGCAUUGCUGAUACACAGCCUGGAGUCCUCAAGGCCCACCACUUGCAUUGGAGCAGAGACCUGGUGAACCCUAAAAACAAGGCUCAUGCCCGCUACCUAAAGGAACUGGGUGAGCAGUUUGUGGCCAGGACUAACCACCAGGUCCUGGAGCGUCUGCGGGAGCAGGAGGGGAGCAAGCAGGAGUUGGCCUGGCUGUACCAGGAGAUCCACCACCAUCUAGGGCUGAGUACCGAAGCCACUCGGACCUUCUGCGGUCGCCAGGACCUCCUGGCUCAGCUUGGGCAGUGGUUGCGGCAGAACAACAACGACCACCACACACCCCUGGUACUCUGGGGACCCCCGGGCAUUGGAAAGACAGCUCUGAUGUGCAAACUGGCUGAGCAAAUGCCAGGGCUGCUUGGCCGCAAGACAGUGACUGUCCUUCGACUUCUGGGGACGUCACAGAUGAGCUCAGACGCCCGCAGCCUGCUGCAGAGCAUCUGCUUCCAGGUGUGCCUGGCCUACGGGCUGCCCUUGCCUCCUGCCCAGGUCCUGGAGGCCCAUGCUAGGGUGGUCCAGUUCUUUCAUACUCUCCUCUACACAAUCUCCUGCCGAAACUUUGAGUCUCUGGUGAUCUUGCUGGAUUCUGUGGAUGAUGUGGACUCUGUGCACCGGGCACGGAGGAUCCCCUGGCUGCCUCCCAGGUGCCCCCCUCGGGUCCACCUCAUCCUCUCAGCCUGCUCAGGACAGCAGCCAGGGGUUCUAGACAUUAUGCGGCACACUUUCACUGACCCAGGGGUCUACUGGGAGGUGAAACCUCUCUCUGGAAACCAAGGGCAACAGAUGAUCCAGCUCCUGCUCUCAGCCUCAAGGCGGACCCUGAGCCAGGUGCAGAGGGACCUACUGUGGGCCAGCCUCCCAGAGUGUGGGCACCCAGGGCGGCUGAGACUGGCAUUCGAGGAGGCUCGGAAAUGGGCUUCCUUUACUGUGCCUGCCCCCCUGGCCUCUACUGCUAAGGAGGCCAUACACCAGCUGUGCACCCGCCUGGAGCAGACGCAUGGGCGGCUCCUGGUGGCCGGAGUGCUGGGCUAUAUCGUGUCUUCCCGGCACGGGCUCUCGGAGGCUGAGCUGAAGGACGUCCUGUCUUUGGACGAUGAGAUCCUGCAGGCAGUGUACCAGGACUGGACCCCGCCCAGCAAGGAGCUGCUGCGGUUUCCACCCCUGCUGUGGGUGCGGCUUCGUCGAGACCUGGGAAACUGCCUGACUAGGCGACCUGUGGACGGCUUCAUACUCCUGGCCAUCGCCCAAAGACAGUUGGCUGAGGUGGUCCAAGAACGCUACCUGUCAGGGCCAGCAAGAGCCAAGAGACAUGGAAUCUUGGCUGACUUCUUCUCUGGAGCCUGGAGCCAGGGCACUAAGAAACUCAUCACGCUGCCACUUGUUGGGAAACCCCUGAACCUGGACCGAAAGGUGGCACCCCAGCCUCUGUGGUUCUCGGACACAGUUGCAAACCUACGGAAGCUAAAAGAACUGCCCCACCACCUGCUCCACUCUGGCCGCAUCGCAGAGUUGAAACAGGAGGUUCUGGGGAGUAUGAACUGGAUCUCCUGCCGCGGUGUCUCUGGCGGUAUCGAAGGUCUGUUGGAUGACUUUGACCUGUGUGCCCCUCACGUGGACUGUCCGGAAGUCAGCCUGGUCCGAGAGGCCCUCCAGUUGUGCCGCCCUGCUGUGGAACUCCGAGGCAUGGAGAAAAGCAUCCUUUACACAGAACUCCUGGCCAGACUCCAUUUCUUCACUACCUCACACCCAGCCCUGGUAGGACAGCUGUGUCAGCAGGCCCAGAGCUGGUUCCGGCUGUGCCCACACCCUGUGCUGGUGCCCCUUGCAGGAUUCCUGCAGCCUCCUGGGGGACCUCUCCGGGCGACUCUCACUGGCUGUCACAAAGGUAUCACCACAGUAGCAUGGAGUACGGAAGAGAGGCUGCUCGUGGUUGGUACUCAGGAUGGCAUGGUGGUUGUAUGGGACAUGGAAGAGCAGCAGGCGAUCCACAUCCUAACGGGACACACAGGAGAGGUGAGAUGUGUUAAAGUGUUUACCAGAGGGACUCAGGCCAUCUCUGCCUCAAAAGACCACACUUUGCGCUUGUGGGACUUACUAUCUGGGAAGGAGAAAUUUGUCAUUUGGGAUGGAGGCUCAAAAGAUCCCACUGACCCUCAAAUCUGGAGUCUUCAUGUGGAUGAAGAAAUGAAGGUUGUGUAUUCAGCCUCUGGCUCAAAGAUCAAUGCAUGGAAUCUGGAAACUGCAGAGUUGGUUUUCCGUAUCCUGGGAGAUGUUACCGAUCCCUGGAUGUGCAUGGCAGCCUUGGCUUCCAGGGCCAUGCUGCUGACAGUGUCUGAGGCUGGUGUGGUCAGUAUGUGGAACUCCACCACAGGAAAGCUGCAGGGCAAGCAACAUUUGUCCAGCAUCAAAGAAGAAGCACCUACCUGUGGGGUCUCUAUCCAGAAACAGGGAAAGAUGGUUACUGGAUUCAGCCAGGGCUCCAUCUCUUUGGUUUCCUCUGAAGGAGACAGCCUGCUGGAGAAACUUCCAGAAGCUGUGGGGUUCCUGGUGGUCUCUGAAGAUGACUCCCUUCUUGCUGCAGGCUUUGGAAAAUCUGUGCGGAUAUUCUUGGCAGACUCGCAAGGGUUUCAUCGGUUCAUGGCCACUGACCUAGAACAUGAGGACAUGGUGGAAACGGCUGUCUUUGGUCCUGACAACAAUCUGAUUGUGACUGGUUCCCGGGAUGCACUCAUCCAGGUGUGGAGUCUGUCAGAGCAGGGAACCCUGCUGGCCAUCCUCGAAGGUGUUGGGGCACCUGUGAACUUGCUGGUCCAGGGUGGGACCCUGGUUGCCUCUGCUUCCCAGCAGUCGUCAUCUUUGAAGGUCUGGGACCUCACCUAUGCUCAGCAGUCUGGAGCCUCUACCCCAUUUCUGGACCGCACUGGCCUCACUGCUGUGUCUCAUAAUGGAAACUAUGUGUACUUCCCCAAAAUUGGAGACAGAAACAAAGUUACCAUUUGGGACUUGAUGGAAGGUGAGGAACAAGACGCUCUGGACACCUCCAAUGAGGUCAGGUGUUUGGAGGUGGCUGAGCAGGCCAAGCUCCUCUUUACUGGCCUUGUUUCAGGGAUCGUCCUGGUGUUCCCUCUGAAUUCUAGGCAGGAUGUGAUGUGCAUCCCCCCUCCAGAAGCCCGGAAGGCCGUCAACUGCAUGGCGCUGAGCAAGGGUGAAGAACGCCUGGUUAUUGCUUAUGACAACAUUGUCCUGGUGCUGGACAUCAGUCCUGGGGACCCCUGUCCAGUCAUUGAUGGGCCAACUUACACCUUCUAUACCCAGCUGCCUGAGACCAUAUCUAGUGUGUCUGUCCUGGUUGACUACCGAGUGGUUUAUGGCAUGACCAACGGUGACCUCUUCCUCUAUGAGUGUGUGAAUUCCAAAGUGUUCCCUCUGGAGGCCCACAGGAGCCGAGUCACCUGCGUGGAGGUUAGCCACAAAGAGCAGCUGGCAGUCAGCGGAUCUGAGGAAGCACUACUUUGUCUCUGGAACCUGCAGGAAUGCAAGUGGAAAUUUGAGAUGAGCUACACGAGUUCUUACUGUAGAGGAGUCCAAUGUGCUUGCUUCUCCAAGGAUGACAAGUAUGUGUUUGCUGGCUUAAAGGAUCGUUCUAUAAUCGUCUGGAGUGUGUUGGAUGGCACCCUGCUGGCUGUCCAGUUUGUCCAUGCAGUGGUGAAUAGAAUCAUCCCAACUUCCAAUGGCUUCAUUGCCCCCACCAGACAUGGCUAUCUCAUCCGUGAGCGUUUCCAGUGCCCUUCUGCAAGGGUCUCGCAGCAGGACCCUCUCAAGAACUUCAAGAAGGCAGUAUGGAUGGUCAAAUCCAGGCAGAAGGAAGAGCUUGCUGCUGGUACAGAAGCUCUCCAGGACUCAGAAUCAGGGAGCAUUCAAGAAAAUGAAUCCAAAUCUAACAAACGCUCACAAGUCUGCCUGCUGGUAUAGAACCCCCCUGCAGGGGCAUGUGGCUUCAGUGAGUUUGCCUCAUUUAAUCUAACUAAAACAAAAAACAUGUAUGUGCUGGUUUAUAUGUGGACCCAAAGCCUCAGAUUAUGCAGCCCAGACCUUGCUUUUCACCAUCUUUCCAGUCUUUGUGCCUUUUAAUGGCUCCAUUUACAGACCUGCCACCUCCUCCUCUCAGCUAGCAACAAGGCAGCCACCAUGCUGCCAUCUUCAAGUUCUAUAGAAAGAGAGCUCCCCUUUCCCAACAGUGGCAUCAGAUUCCUGGCCCCAAUUCUAUUGGCCCCAAUUGGCUCAUAUGCCUAUUUCAGAACCAAUUACUGUCUCUGGGAGAAUUGUUGGCCAGCCUGACCCGGUGUCCUCUGGGCCUGAGGAUGCAGUCAACACCACCCAACUAUGUGAUUGAGCAUGGGUGAGGUUGGGUGCUAGUAACCAAGGGGGUGGAGGGAUGUGAGACCAACCAAACUACAGAUGUGGAUCACAGAGUUUUACAGAUUAUAAAGCAUUGAGUACUGUAGUCUGAUCCUUAUUUCAGUUUGUAUUAGGCCUCUGCACCCAUUUUAGCAGAGCCUUGCAGAAGUAGCUGUGAGUUACUGAUGGUCACUAUUCAGAGGUGCAAAAGCUUUGGAGAACUCAGAGGGAAAAAUAAGCGCCUGAACCUUCCUGUCCCAAUCUUUGUUGGACCACCUCACUCCAUCUUUAGUCCAGGAAACAUGAAUAUCUUUCCCACAGCUGUACGCUCAAGUGUCCAUAGCAACUUGUGAGUGUCCUCUAUGGUUACACCACAGUGAACAGCAAAGAGUAACAGAGAUGAUGAGAAUGUAGGGGACAUGUGACCUGAGUGUCUUGAGUGGCAUGGGUACCCUGACUCUUGCCAGAACUACCACGGGCAAUCCAGUCCAUUGUUAUGGGAACUUCCUGUGGUUGCAAGCAAAGCCAGAAAUCCAUUUUAUGUAAAAUAUUUUAUGGGAAAUAUUUCCAUUUCUAAAUUGAAUUUAAAGGCAAUUGGCUCAAAUUUACAUCUAUAGCAUAUUUGACCUGUGUGUCUCUGAUUCAUGAGCUGACUUCCUGACUAAGCUGGCAUUAAAAACAAUAAACAUAUUAUAGCUCUUCCACCCCUACUCCUUGUCUCUCAGGAUAACAAUGCCCUUUUACCUUAAAAACUGGACGGUUUUUGGAAGCAGUUGGAGCCAGCUGCCAGUAUCUCUCUGCUGUGCUUUUGGGCCAUCUUUGAUUCUUGCAAGUCCGACAUUCAAAUUAUUUCCAUUCUGCUUAGGUGGAUAUUUCUUCUUUGCCCAUGGCUUUCUAAAAGCCCCAAUCGCUUCAAGGGCUUUUGCUAUAACGGUAGGAGAGUCCAACCCUUCAAGGUGCUAUUCUUUCUCCCCUCCAUUGGAUUCCAGAAUUCAGAAAAAGCAAUCUUAGAACAGAGGCUUUUGAGUGGACAUGACCCUAUUGACUAUCUCAGUCAUUUCUCAAACCUGGGUUCCAAGGAGGGCUUUGACAGUUCUGUAUAUGUUAGCAUUAAAAAAUUCCAUUAAAAAUAUUUUCAACUGUAGCUAAGAUGCAUGCUCAGGUGCAUUCAUUGGGCAGCAGGUUUUAAGGUGUUGGAAAUAACUAAGGAUUCGCCUGCCAUUGCCACUUAACUUAGAUUUUGAGAGGAGCUCCUGAAAAACUAGCCAUUCUUUGCUGCCACUUCUCUAUAAAUCAGGGGCUUACCCAAUGCAGAAAUAAAGUGGAUGUUGCGACUGAGUAAGAUUUCAUGUACAAUUUUAGAGUUAAAAAGUGCGUUCAUCUCCACAUCCUCAGUGAGAAUCAAUUGCUUUGUACGUAAACAUUUAUGUGAACACAGGAAGGGCAUGGUUACUAAUAAAAUGUU